AUGCCCGUUGAUCAUUCCGUGACAAGAGACUUGCCAAAGAGUCCUAAGGACUUUGUUGUUGGCUGGGUGCCAAGAGCGAAGAAGGAAAUCACGUUGAACAAGAGUGACAGAGACCUACUCGAGUCACAAGCGGAGUACGAGGCUCGUCUUGCUGAGGCAAACAAGCUUGGGAAGUUCAAGAAGUAUCUGCCAAUCAUCACAACAGGGUCUGGUCUCUUUUCAGAUGGUUACGUGAAUAACUCCAUUGGUACCGUCACCACAUGUCUGUCCAUCCUUUAUCCAAAGGAGUACAAAGAGUCAAAUGCCAUCAGAAACGUCACUUCCAUCGCUUUCGUCGGUACCGUUGUUGGUAUGAUCAUCUUUGGCUACGUUGCUGACUACCACUCAAGAAGAGCAGCCAUGCUAUGGGGUACCAUCAUCCUCAUCAUCAUGACCAUCCUAACCUCUGGUGUCUGGGGGAAGAACAGCUCCGACAUCCACGGUAUGCUCACUGCACUAACUGUUUACAGAUUCUUCUUGGGUAUCGGUAUCGGCUCUGAGUAUCCAGCUGGCUCCACUGCCUGUGCUGAGGCAUCUGCCAUGUUGCCGCCAGGGAAGAGAAACAGAUGGUUUGUCUGGUUUACAAACUUCAUGAUCGACUCUGGUUUCGUGAUCUCUGCCUUCGUGCCAAUGGUGCUGCUGUGGAUCU